UUCUCUCUAGCGAAUAGGGUUCGAACUCAGUCGUUAUAUUUAAAUUCCAGAAAAUGUCGGGGUGGGAAACGUCUGUUUGAAAUCCUUCGCAGUUAGUAACGGUCAAGACAUGGUGUGUGCAGAAUUAGUUUAUUCUUGGAUGUAAUAACUCUUAUUUAUUUGUUAAAUUCAUCUCUAAUUUUUAGUACUUUGUGCAAUCGUAUUGUAUGCGCGCACAGGAAACUACUGAGCAGGAAACGACCGUUACAGAUCUUUUAGAUAUUUUAUUUUGUAUACUUUUUAUUUUUGUUAUCAUUUUUAUCUAUUUUAAAUUUUGAGUGUAUAUGUUACAUGGAUUUAAACAGACAAUACGUAACGAAAUAAUAAUUUAGAUAUUGUAUUGAGUUCUUGAUCGGUUGUAGUGUCCUGGCAGAUUUUAAAAGCUGCACGAUAACUGUCAUAUUGGGCGGCUGGGUGACUGCACUUGAAACUUUCGUGACCGGUGUAGUUUGAGUAAUGAACAUUUUUUUAUAAAGUUGAGUGUAUGUGUUAAAGAGUGCUAGUUAGUGCAAAUCGAAUGAAAAUGGAUGAAGAACGAUGUGGACUGAAGACGGGUGCAAGUGUGGAUAUAAAGCGGACAGACGGCCGCAUCCACACUGCUGUCAUAUCGGGCAUCAACUACGACACGAACAGUGUAACCGUCGAGUGGUUCGAGCGAGGGGAAGCCAAAGGGAAGGAGAUCGACAUCGAGACGCUGCUGGUGCUGAACCCCGACCUGGUGCCCGCGCCGCCGGUCAUCGAACUGCAGGCCAACCGCGGGCGUAUCCCACGCUCCAGAGAGACACUGAAACCGAAUAUCCAGCAAGGCCCAGCCCCGAAAGUGUACACGUCGCCCCCGUGGCGGCGGACGCGGGUGGAGCAGCGCUUCGGCGCCGCCGCGGAGGUGCUGGCGUGCUACGCCGCCCCCGCUGAUCGUCCGUUGCGGGGUCGCGGCGUUCGGGCCACGGGGGUGCUCAAUGGCCACGGCGAACAGCACUCCCAAUCAGUUGUGGAGAACACUCAGCUGGAGGGUGUUGGGGAUCAACAGUCAAACUCUUUGUCUGGAUCCUCAGUGAUGACUCGUCACCAGCAACAGCAGCAGCAACAGCUGCAACUUCAACAGCAGCAGCAUCAACUGCAGAUGCAACAACUGCAGCAACAAAUUCAACAGCAAAAGCAGUUGCAAGCCCAACUUGCCUUGCAACAACAGCAAUUACAGCAACAGCAACAGCAGCAACAACAGCUUUUACAACAGCAGCAACAAGCAGAAAAUCAAAACGUAGCAAAAAGACGUAGCAAUGUUGUGAAAGAGGUUGAAAGGCUAAAGAAGAAUCGUGAAGAGAGAAGACAGCGUCAGGCAGAACUUAAAGAAGAAAAAGAAGUUUUAAUGAAUAUUGAUCCAGGAAAUCCCAACUGGGAAUUUCUUGCCAUGAUACGAGAGUAUAGGGGUAACAUAGAAUUUCGACCGUUGAGGGAAACUGAUCCUGUUGAAGAUCAUCAAAUCACAGUGUGCAUUAGGAAAAGACCUCUAAAUAAAAAAGAAUUACAAAGGAAAGAAGUGGAUGUAAUAUCAGUUCCUACAAAGGAUCAAAUGGUAGUUCAUGAACCCAAACAAAAGGUGGACCUCACAAAGUAUUUAGAAAAUCAACAAUUCAGAUUUGAUUAUGCUUUUGAUGACACCUGUUCUAAUGAAUUAGUUUAUAAGUACACUGCACAACCAUUAGUUCAGACUGUAUUUGAAGGUGGUAUGGCCACUUGCUUUGCUUACGGUCAAACAGGAAGUGGGAAGACACAUACAAUGGGUGGUAAUUUCCAUGGUAAAACUCAAGACUGUAAGAAAGGAAUUUACGCCAUGGCUGCCAAAGACGUUUUCAAGCUCUUGAAGUCUCCAAAAUACAAACCAUUAAAUUUGGUGGUGUCGGCUAGUUUCUUUGAAAUUUAUAGUGGCAAAGUGUUUGAUUUGUUAGCAAACAAGGCAAAACUCAGAGUACUUGAAGAUGGGAAGCAACAAGUGCAAAUAGUGGCCCUGACAGAAAAAGUUGUGGACUCAGUGGAUGAAGUUUUGAAACUUAUUCAACAUGGCAAUAACGCAAGGACCUCGGGGCAAACAUCAGCUAAUUCUAAUUCUUCACGAUCUCAUGCUGUGUUCCAAAUUGUUCUUCGGAUACCUGGCAUUAAUAAAGUCCAUGGAAAAUUUUCACUUAUUGAUUUAGCUGGUAAUGAGCGAGGUGCUGACACAUCGUCUGCAGAUCGUCAAACAAGAAUGGAAGGUGCUGAAAUUAAUAAGUCAUUGCUUGCGCUAAAGGAAUGUAUUAGAGCCCUUGGCAGGAAAGGAGCUCAUUUACCUUUCCGUGCUAGUAAACUGACUCAAGUACUAAGAGAUUCAUUUAUAGGAGAAAAAUCAAGAACAUGUAUGAUUGCUAUGAUCAGUCCAGGUAUGAGUUCCUGUGAACAUUCUCUUAACACCCUUCGGUAUGCUGAUAGAGUUAAGGAACUAGCUGUUACUGAUCCAAGUGAAUCCAAACAAUCUCCUGUGGAAGAAGAUCUGAAUUCUGAGGGAGCAUUGGAAGAUAGUGAUCUUGCUCAAUUGCGGUCUCUUAAUGCAGGAGAGAUCACCCCAGAUUUGUAUACGUUCCAUGAAGCAGUUUCACAGCUGCAGCAAUUAGAGGAUGAAGUUCUCGAUGCUCACAAAAAUGUAAUGGAAGCACAAGAUGGGCGCUGGAAGGAUAUUGAUGCAAGUCUCUUUGCACUGACUCACGAAGUGGAUUAUGAUCAGGAUGCAUAUUCGGAACAAUUACGGCAACUGGUGGUAGAAAAGGAAGAGGCCUUAAGUAAGUUGCAUCAAAAGAUUGAUGCUUUCCGCGCUCAGUUGGUGGCAGAAGAGCAAAUCAGUCGAAAAAUAAAGCGUCCUGGACCGACUCGGCAUAAUUAAAAAUUCACAUGUCCGGGAUGUUUAGUUUAACUGUUGUAUUUUUUCUCUUCUGUUGCAUGCUGAUUAAUAAAAUUUGGCCAUGUCAUACCAUUGUAUUUUAUGAUGAAUAUUUGAAAAUGCUGUUGAAAGAACCUUAGAUGAAAAUCAUUUGUGCUGGAGCACGUUCUCCAUAAAAAGUGUACAGAAUAUUGUGAAUGGCUUUUCUAUUGUGAACCAAUUUUUGGUGGUAACUGUAAACAUCACUCAUAAUUUUACUCUGUAUUGGAAUACUAUUGUACUUGUAUAUAUUAUUAUUAUUAUAAUUUUCUUUUGUUUUUCUCUCGUAUGUUAACUUUUAAUGCUAUUUUACAUUUUAAAGAACAUGAUUGAAAAAAUGCUAUUUUUGGCGGAAACUGCCAAAGGGCAAUGGUCAUAACCAUUAUUUUUACUUUUUGAUAAUCUCUGGACUUUUAGAAGAAGAAACCAGCGAUUGUGAUACCUUUCUUCUCUCAAAACAAUGUUUUCAUAUUUAUUACUUGUCAAUACAAUUGCUUUUUAAUAUAAAUAAAGUAAUUUUCAUAUUUUAUGUUAAUGUAAAUACUUCUGGGGAAGCCAACACGUUCUGUCUAGGAGGAGAGGAGAGUUGGGCAACUUAAGAUUGUCAUAGCUGUGAUAUUGUUUCCAAGAAGGUAAUUUUCCCACACACUACCUUGCUGUUAUUUAUAAGAACUCGUGAGGGUCUCAUCCAUUCCGAUGCAUAGUUCUUCAGAAACGUGUGUUCUGACAGGAUACAUUCACACAAGAUGACAUAAGAGUGUAAUGGACAGCUAUUGUGUAUACAUAGGAUUAUUACACGUUGUGCCAACAAUAAAAUUGGAACAAGGAAAUUGGUAAAAGAGUUUUUCUGUGCAAUGCAUUGCUUCACAGUAUUAAAAUGAAUAUUGGUCACUAUUUAAAAAUAAUUGCCACAAAUCCAUUCACCAACACAAGUGUGUUGCACUGCUCAGAUCGGAGGGGUAUUUAUGGCAAAAGUAAUAAGUUGAACAAUGGAAUGGGAGUAUUUUUCUCAAAGAUACCAGAAGUGAGUUUUUUUCGGGGGGCUAAGAUGAAGGUUCUUGAUUGUGGUGUGAAUGUGUAGUUGAUGAACCAAAUUGUAAUGCUUACUACAAGGUAACGUUUCUACUGAGCGAACGAGUGGCUCCUGGAUAAGUCUUAUUUGUUCGAAAGAUGUUCAGAAGGAACAGUAGCCAGUUUCCACAAAGUGACUUCAUUCGCUACCCAAGGAUUUUGACACGAAGUUCAUUUGCUACCCAAGGAUUGCAAUGUUGGGACAGUCUUAUGGUGAUUUAAAUCACCCAUGAUGAAAUAACCAUAAAUUAGUUUUACGUGUAAUCAGGGAAAAUUAUUAAGACAUUUUUAUUAUUUUAUUAAAAAUAUUGUUUGAAUUUUAUUUAGUAAGAAAUUACUAAUGAAAACAUCCACUACCUUGUACAUUUUGAAAUGAAGAUAGUCUCCUCUAAAAGACUUACCAAUUUGACUGAAAUUAGUAAAUGCACAAAAACUUGAAAGAGAGAUUUGAAAACGGUUGACAUUCAUUGUAAAUUCACAAUAGUAUUGAGUGUCUGGUGCAUAUUGAUGGUAAAUCUAUUUUAUUCGCCACAUAUAUUAACCAACUGACAGUCUUGGUUAAAAAUGUAGUUCAAUCAUAGUUUCUAAUUUCAUUGUGCAUUAUGCCUUGAAUAUUGGAUUGUGUUCUGAACCUUGCAACAGCGAGAGAAGUAGUGCAAGUAGGGAAUGGCACAUUCGAAGCAAUUUGUCCAUUGUAUCAAUGAGUGAGCGAGCGAGCGAGCGAGCAAGUAUGCCUGUGUCCACUUCUGCCAACUAAUCUUGCCCGAGCAACCGCAAUUGGACAGUUUUUUCUGCAAAACUGAGUAAAAAUGGGGGGAGGAAGAGCAUUCCUUCACUCAGUGGAAACGCACCUUUCUGUGCAUGUUACUUGCCUUUUACCUGAAGUAUAUAUGUAGACAGAAUUCUACAACUUUCUAAUCUGUAUCUGUUACAUGCCAACCAAUUAAAUAAAUCCUGCAUCAGUUUGUUAAAUCUCCUCUCGUUUGCUGAGAAUGGAACCCAAAACUUGCAAGAAAUCACUGUUCAAGUAAUUGACAUAUGUUGAAUAUUACAAUUUGCACAUUGUCAUUUUCUGUCCCGUUUCCAGGUAGUUUUCUUUUUUACAUACAUUUGUUACAAAACAAACAUGAAUAUUGAAAUGUUUUUGAACAAUGUUAUGUAUUAAACUGAGGUACAAAAAAAAACUUUGAUGUGUAUACACAUUUUUUAACACUGCUUUUAAAAAGCUAAAAUCGUUCUGAAUAUUCUUAGAAUGAAUUUUACCUUGCAUUAAUAGUAGCUAAUUGAAAUGGAUAGAAAAUUGCGCUCUGAAUUGUCAUUGUAACAACUUCGGCAUGUCAUUUGGUGUCUUAAACUUAGCUGUGGUUCAAAUAUUCUUGAACAAUCAUGCCUGGUAACGGUUUCUUUGAAUAAAAUAAAAUUUUCUUGUAUUAUUUUCUGAAUUGAAUGAAACGGACUAAAUGUAGAAAAUGGUGUGGUUAAGUUUUAAACAAUAUUUUGCAUAAAUAUUUAAUUACUGUACUUGUGAAGUUUAGAUAUGUCUUAAGUUCCUGCGAUAAAAUGGAUAAGCAAAAAUAUACCCAUUUUUUAGACUCUAUAAUGGUGUCAAAAUCUUUGAAUUAUAGAAACUCAUCUCGUUUUUGAGAAAAGUCUGAAAAGAUAAAGAUGUUCAGUGGACAUUCCAACUCAGGAAAACUUGUUUAAUAAUGGCCUUCC